AUGACUCGCGCCUCGGCCCCUCCACUUCUACUACAACUACAGAAUGCAGAAACGUUGUCUGCCCAGGCAGCUGCCCUACGAAGCCUGAAGAACGAGACAAUUGGUCAUGACCAGCGCAAAGAGUCCUGGGUUCGAUGGGGGAUUCUUCCCGUGUUAGCCAAUAUCCUGGCCGCCCGGCAGUCUCCCGGAAAAGGCACGGCUUCCGCGGAGCUCGCCGGGGGUUCGAAGCUCCGCUAUCCUACAUCGGAGGAAGAUGAAGCUUGUCUUCAAGCGGUUAUCAUUCUAGGGAGUUUAGCACAAGGCGGUGCGGCCUUCCUUUCCCCCAUUUUCUCCAGCGGUGUUCUCCCGGCCCUUCUCUCCAUUCUCUCUGCGCCGGAAUGUCCCUCGUUCUUCGUUCUCCCGAUUCUGCGAACCCUCAAUAAUGUGGCGGAUCGACUGCCGCUCCAGAGUCAACAGCUAUCGUCCAAGGACACACGCUUGGCCGAUCUGCUCUUCUCCAACGAUCACAUUGGCUGCUUAGCCCGUAUCCUUGGCCAGGAGUAUGAAAGCCAUCAUGAUCAAGCGGCCAUUGAACUUGCUGCAUCCCUGGUUGGGAAAUUGUGCACGGAGGAGGUCCAUAAGGCAGUCCUGGCGGAGUGCGGGGUUUUGGACGCCUUGGCCGUAAAGGUAGCUUCUUUCAUCGUUGCCCAAGGCUUCGUACUCCCCGGUGCGGAAGCGCAUGUGCAGGAUCCGGGUGCUCUUGGUUCUCUACCAGCCCCUGCACCUGCAGGAGCUAAACUGGCGCCCAUUCUUCGCGCCGUUACGGUCAUUAUCGAGCAUUCCAAGUGGCGCGCAGAGCACUUUCUCUCAUCACCCGGUAUACUUACUGUGUUUCCUAGGCAGCUCCCCGAGUUUGCUCCGACAGACAUCAAGAAGGGACCAUGGGGCUCGACUUACUUUUCUGGUUCCGCCGUUCCCCGCCAUGCAGGCGCAAGUCCCUUGGAGCACCUUUUGCCAUCGGUUCCCUUGUCGCAGAGCAAGUCACCGGCGAACACUCCUAAUUUCCCGCCUUUAGGCCAUCAGGGUACCACUCACCGCCGACACAGCCAAUCGUAUUCUACGCCGAUGUCGGUUUACGAUCCUCCAACCUCUGAAGACGAGGAGAACCCCAUCAUUCCGUGGCUCCUGUAUAUUGUCCGUGCGGAAGGUGGUAUGGUUCGGUUGAUGGCGGCUCGUCUUGUGACCGUCCUUUUUCGCUUGGGGCUAACCAAGAAGCGUCGGGUCUCGAUGCUAUGCUACCUGCUAAUCCCGAUCUUGAUCCGGAUGCUUGAUAAGGACUACGAAAUGAACGGGGACGAUGGAGUCCAAUACGGGGGACUGAUCCCUUCGACUGAGCGUCUUCGUGAAGAGGCCCCGUUUGUGCUGGCUACCUUAGUGAUUGAUGAUUUUGAGCUGCAAAGGCAUGCAGUCGAUGGCAAUGCCAUCAAACGACUCUCUCAGCUGCUCAAAGAAACAUACAAUCCAGUUCAGGACGUCUCUCGUCCCAUGUGGCAUGCGGAUGCUGAAGGAAGUAUUGAGAGUCCUCCCGACACUUUGUCCGCAGAGUGCCGCCUGGGCUCCCUGGGCUUCUCUCCUGUUCAUUGCCACAUCAUGCGAUACCGGGAGAACAUCCUCAAGGCCCUAGCAGCUCUAGUCCCUUUCAAGGACGAGUAUCGCAAGGCCGUCUGUGAGAACGGCGUGGUACCGUACAUCAUCGACUCACUGAAGCCGUGUUCAGACGACCAAUCGGCGGACCCGUCAGGUCCAAAGAACACCGCUUCGCAUGGAAACCCGACCUCAACCCUGUUAGCUGCUUGCGGUGCCGCGCGGAUGCUGACGCGCUCAGUCAGUGUCCUAAGGACGAGUAUGAUCGAUGCUGGGGUGGCGACGCCUCUCUUUGUCUUGAUUAAGCACCCCAAUAUCGAGGUGCAAAUUGCUGCUACGCAGGUGAUAUGUAACCUAGCCUUGGAUUUCAGCCCCAUGAAAGAAGUCAAGGCGAUUAUUACCGCCGACGUCCUCCCUACCCUUUGUGAACACGCACACUCUCCGAGCACCAAGCUUCGCAUUGAGUCACUAUGGGCCUUGAAGCAUGUGGCAUAUAAUUCCACCAACGACGUUAAGGUGAGAAUUAUUGAAGGGUUAAGCCCCGCCUAUAUCCGGCAAAUUAUCACCCAGGAUCCGACCAACGCAUUGGCCAAGCGAGGGAUGGAUGAGGAGAUGGACAACGGUUCCAGCGUCGGGAUGGGGCGAGCCAACUCAGCUGGGGAGCAGGUGGAUUUGCUUAACCCGGUUGAUAACGCCACUGGGCAAGAUGAGGACAUGAAGAUGGCAGACACAAUGCCCCCGUCCAAGAUGAGCCUGGAUAUGUUCCUUCCGGAUGCCACGAGACGGCGCAAGUUGGCCUUGCAUGGUAACCUCGACCAGACAACCCAGGCCCGGCAGGAUGAUAUUGCAGUACAAGAACAGACAUUCGACCUGUUGCGCAAUAUCAUCUGCGGGCCAGGCGCAUCCGAGAUGAUUGACCAUUUGUUUAAGGUGAUUGGUCAGGACUUGAUUUUGGAUGCGUUGGCGGACAAGCUCCGGCCCCGGUCGAUCCAGCUUCCUCACCGGAGGGAGUCGUCAGCGCACCGGCCUCUGAGCGUUCCUACGGAGAUUCUGGUGUCAGUUACCUUCGUCAUGAUUCAUCUGGCUGCGGGCCUCCCGUGGCACCGCCAGCUUCUGGUGUCACACCGGGACUUGCUACGCUACUUGAUGGAGUAUUUCAAUCAUAGCCAUCGUGAAGUCCGCACCAAUUGUGUGUGGGUAGUGAUUAACCUUACAUACAAGGACGAUGCGAGUGAGGAGGAAGGGUGUCGAGAACGAGCGUUCCGACUGCGAGCGAUGGGAGUCAUGGAUCGGCUGGCCAGUCUUGGGGAUGACCCCGAUCUGGACGUGCGGGAACGGACAAGGACAGCCCAGGAUCUGGUCAAUCACUUGACGCACACAUAG